AGUCCAAUUAAACUUAAGAGUUGGGCGGGGCCUAAGAGUCUUACGAAAUAUUUCUAAGGGAAUUGGGGUCCCACACGUGGGAUGUGGCCCGAGUGUUUUGUGAAGAGGGGACGACCAGUGACUCUUGGAGUCAAUAGAAAAACCCUGAAUUCCUCUUCUCAGUCUUCCAAGAAAAACCUUACACUUAGUCGUGAGAAAGUAUUUUAAAAAGUCCUCAGAACGUGGACUGAGCUGGGCAAAGCAUUAGUGCUUGAGGGCACGGAGUUGAAGAACAGCUUUUAAAGGGUGUUGUUUAAGCACCCUCACACACCCUCGGUUUGGGGUGAGAGGAUCCUCUGGCAGUGCUGGCAAGCUGCGUUCUGGCCUUCAUGGGGCCCCAUUUUACACUCUUGCUGGCAGCUCUUGCCUACUGCCUAUGUCCAGCGAGGCCCUGCAUCAUAUGUGACCCGUUUGUGGUGGCUGCGCUAAAGACUUUGGAGAAGGAUUACCUGCCUGGCCACCUGCCAUCUGAGUAUCACUAUAAAGUAAUGAAGAUGGUGGAGUACGAAGUGAGGAGCUUCAGCGAUCUGCCUAAGCAUGAGGAUACCUUUUUGGGGGCUGUGGAUCAGGACACAAUGGAACAAGCAUCCUGGAGUUUUCUGAAGGAUCUGAAACGUAUCACAGACAGUAAUGCAAAAGGAGAGCUCUUGGCAAAAGAACUAUUUUCGAUGAUUCGACUACAAAAGGACAUCUUUGCCACUCUCGCUGCGCGUUUCCAAAAGGAAGUUUUUUGUCCUAACAAAUGUGGCACGAUGUCGCAGGUUUUGAUCUGGUGUUAUGGGUGCGAGAAGCAGUUGCACCAUUGUCGGAAAUCCAUAGAUUGUGGAGACCGCCAGGUAGAGGUGCAUCUCUUGGAAGACAUGGUCCUGGACUGUUAUCUCAAUUGGCAUCAUGCUUCUAAGGGACUUACGGAUUACAGUUUUUACAGGGUUUGGGGGAACAAGUCUGAGACCUUGAUGUCCAAGGGGAAAGAACCUUACCUGAUCAAGACAAUGGUGAGUCCAGAGGAUGCUGGCAACUACCGCUGCGAGCUAGAUACCAUGGACGCUGGUCCUGCCACCAUCAUCUACUAUCAUGUCACAGUAUUGCCUGCAAGGCCUGAACAGGAAAGACCACCACCGAACGUUGUAACCCAGGAGGAUCAAGAGAACCCCCCUGUCCAGGUGACUGCAGAGACACCGGAGUUGGAGCCAGAGUUGGAGCCGGAGUUGGAGCCGGAGUUGGAGCCGGAGUUGGAGCCGGAGUCAAAGCCGGAGUCAGAGGAGUCGGAGUUGCGCCCGGAGUUCAUACCUACAGUCCCCCAACAUCCAGAGAAAAAGUUGAAAAAACGCCUCUUAAUACUGUUGAUUCUUGGCUUCGUGAUUCUUGUAGCCAGCAUCAUUUUCUCGGUACUUCACUUUAGAAAAACCAGCGCUAAACCGAAGAGCGAAAAUGAGGAAAUCAAAGCCUCCAUGGUGGAAUUCAAGUCAGAGCCAGAACCAUCCCCGCCCCUACAGAUGGAGUCGAGGAAGGUCUCUCAGGCAGAGCUUAAGGUUGAAUCUGGGGAUAAUAAGGCUGAUGAAACAGAAAACCAAUAAAGAUUUGACCUGUUGUCUCAGUA